CGUAUUCUAUCUUAUUCCUGUAUUCCCGUAUUCUAUCAUACCGCGAAUUAUUCCCCUUGUUUGUAAGUAACAAUGCCGCGAAUUCGAAUUCCACAAUGUUGGCCAAAUGUUUAUUUAUCACACCAUCAUCAACAAUAAUAGACAGUUAUUUAAGUGCGAUGGGUGAUGUGAUGGAAGAUCUGGACUCAGACCGCUCUUUAGCACGAAGAUGACCAUAAGGUUUCUAUUUUGGUCGUUAAGAAGAGAGCUGAAAACUUCAAAACUCCAAGAUGUCAUUUUAUAUAAAACCUCCUUCUGGAAAUAUUUCCCUGGAAAAGCUGGAGAAAUUUUCUUUCAAACGCCUGGACUUUCUCAUCCGAGUGCUGGGUGCUGGUGAUGACUUCAUGGCUUUGACUGAUCUUGUCAAAGACUUGAGCCUAGUAGUUGACUCUGAUUGCUUCAUUGAAGGGACUAAGAAGGAUCAAGUAUCCCAUUUUAUUCUUAGAAUGGCUUUUUGUGAAGAUGCUGAGCUCUGGAGAUUAUUCAAGAAAGCCGAGACAAGUCUUUUCAACUUUAGAUUCCAAUGCAUGAAACCCGAAGAGAUUUUUUGUUCUCUUAAACCAGUUUGGAAAUCCGCAGCUACCAUCUCAGAGAAAGAAGACAUAAAGCAAUUAUCUUUCGAAGGUGUAUUAAAAGUCUUUAUGAACAUUGCCGAGAGCUGUGGUGGCUUAUGGGCCAGCGUCAUUGACAAAUACUACUCCGGAUGUAAAACUGACUACUUUCGUAUUCCUUUCAUGUAUGUCUUGAAGUUGGUGUCUGAAAGGAGAGUACGACUUGAACGAGGAGAUGCUCUUGUUCCGUUCUGUCGACUGCACCAUGUCAUGACGGCACUCUUUGAGCUUAUGUUGGAAUCCAGUCGGCAGCAGUUUCAGAAGAUUCAAAUGGACCUCAUCGAUGAAAGAAUUGAAAAACUGUUUGCUAAUCUCCAGAAAUAUUUCCAGUUGAAAUGUCUGCACUGUGAAAGCAGCAGAACUGCCAGUAGUUUGUCUCAUGACAUAAUUGAUGCCAAAGCGAAGUAUUUCCCUCCCUGUAUGUCGUACCUCCACACGGCGCUGCGGACCAAACACAGACUGAAGCACCACGAUCGAAUCCGUUACACGUUAUUCUUAAAGGAAGCAGGACUGCCAGUUCACGAAGCAAUUAUGUUUUGGCGAAACGAGUACUCCCAGUCGUGUGCCGAUGCUAAGACAGCAGGGAGUUGUAAUCACACCUGGCACAAAGAUGAGAAACGCUACGUGUAUAACAUUCGACAUCUCUAUGGCUUAGAAGGUUCACGAGUUAACUACAGAGCCCACACUUGUUCUCACAUCCAGGUUGCUACUGAUGGUUGCCCCUUUGUAAGUUUUGAUGAACAAAAUCUGAAGAAGUUCCUGAAAGAAACUCCUGCAGACAUUCAGGAAGACAUCAAGAAAUUGGUUCAGAAGAAACUUUAUUGUGAUGCUUGCAGAAGAUUCUUCACUGCCAAAUUUGAAAGAUCUACUCCUGAGGAUUGUUCUAUGGCACAAAUGGAGAAACCUAAAGUGGAAAAAGUUGAAAACAGUGAAGAGAAAUCUUUAAAUUCUUGCAGAGAAAAGCAUCUGGUUUUGAGUAAAACGACUGAUUUUGAUGGUGAGGAAGACGAAAAACAAAUCAAUGAAAGGCGCUUAUGUGAAACUUUGAAUCCUUUGUCAGAGGAACUAAUUAAUUCAAAAUCAUUAUCAUCAAAUAGCUUAUCACCACCCUCAAAAAUUAGCAAGACUGUUUUAAAUGAUAUCAAUCAAUCCCAUACACAAAUUAAUCAUUUGUCUUUGCGUUCUUCACAUAAUGAUGGUGUAAACUUGGCAACAAGUUUGGCAUCAGCUAAAAAACUAGAACUAAAAGACUGUAAAUUAGAACCAACGACUUUCUGCCAUGAACAAGGUUUAUCACAAAAUCAAAGAUCUGAUUUCACCAAACAACAGAUGUCUUCAGAUAAACAGAUAGAUCAAAGCAAAAAUACAGGACAUUGUUUUAAUUUGAAACCAGUUCAUUUUUAUGAACUGUGUAAACAUAAUUUGGAAAAGACAGAAUCAAAACCGAAACCAAAUUAGAAGAAUAUUUUUAUUUAUUUAUUGGCACCUUGGGCAAGUGUCUUCUACUAUAGCCUCGGGCCGACCAAAGCCUUGUGAGUGGAUUUGGUAGACGGAGACUGAAAGAAGCCUGACGUAUAUAUGUAUAUAUAUAUAUGUAUGUGUGUAUAUGUUGUGUGUCUGUGUUUGUCCCCCCCAACAUCGCUUGACAACCGAUGCUGGUGUGUUUAGGUCCCCGUAACUUAGCGGUUCGGCAAAAAGAGACCGAUAGAAUAAGUACUAGGCUUACAAAGAAUAAGUCCUGGGGUCGAUUUGAUUCGACUAAAGGCGGUGCUCCAGCAUGGCCGCAGUCAAAUGACUGAAACAAGUAAAAGAAAAAAAGAAAAAAUUGAGUAAAUUAAAAGAAAAUAUAUGAAAUGAAUUGUUUGAUUGGAGAAUCUUAGAGUUUGAUGUGAGCCCCAGUGAAAAUAACCACAUAAGUUUGAUCUUGUCUUGCUGAAUGUAAUGUACUGGAAUGGAUAAGUGUAUUAACCCCUUUUUGAUACUAACCCGUCCAUGAUCGUCCUGCUUGUAUGAUAUAAACUUCCUAUUUUAAAGUGAUUUAAAUUAAAAACUUCCUUCAAAAUUUCAUGUUAAUUUAUGUUCCAAACACCAGCUUGAUAAUGACUAUCGACACUCAUUGCAGCAGCCACCCUACUUUGCGGAGCUCAUUUCUAAGAUGGGUUGCAGUUACUUUGAUUUUGCGGGGUAAAUCGGUAACACGCGGAGGGCCAGUUAUUUCGGUUAGUGUAUGGAGUAAGGGAGAUAACCAAAAAUUCUUAACUAUUUUUAUUGAUAAAAUAAGCAUCAGAGCUGCUUUGCCCACCCAGGGACGGCAGAAAAAAAAAAGCUUGAAGAUAUUGUAAACUCUUUUCCUGAUGGCGACUAAAGCUAUGACAAUUGUUGGCGUCACAGAUGUUUCUCUCCAUAGCCUGUACACUUCAUCUGAGGGGAACAACGAGAAGUGCACUAGAUUUCUCGUCUGUUACAAUUCAAGGGAAGUAAUCGUCUGGAACGAAGGGAGGCAACUUUAAAUCAGACGAGAAUCAAAAGGCUAAUCUGUGUGUCACUCGACUUGCUAAACAUGACAGCUAAAUAUUCCUCAAAUCUUACUCUUAAAAAAAAAUAAUAUAAGCAAUAAAACAAACAAAACACGCACACAAUGUAACUCUUGUUGCAUCUUGCCUAAAAAUGAAAUAAAAAUGAAAAGACUGUAUCCGAACAGGUGGCGCGUUUCUUUGAUUAAAAGUCGAUAUGCUCUUAGCUAAGCUAUGUUUAAACAAGUGUGGAGGCGCAAUGGCCCAGUGGUUAGGACAGCGGACUCGCGCUCAUAGGAUCGAGGUUUCGAUUCCCAG